CUGUCGGGACUUAUUAGUGCUUCUUUGCGGGGCUUUAAAAACAAAAACAGACCUUAAUGGACUCUGGGAGUUAGCGAGACUUUUAGUCUGAGCAAAAAGUUCGGGGUUGUUUACUAGCGCUGGCUGGUUCGGUUACCUGGGAGAGUUAGCUUGUUGCUAACGGCUCGAGCGAGCGAACGACACAGCGGCUCGCGACACUCCGGACUGCGUGUUGUUAUUAUAAUGGCGCUCCGAGCGAGAGUUUUAUACGACUUUAAUUCCGAAAAUCCGGGAGAGAUAUCGGUCAAAGAGAACGAAAUAGUGAAUCUGUACAGCGAACAGGAUAUAGAGGGUUGGUUGGAGGGAACGAACCAGCACGGUGAGCGAGGACUCUUCCCUGCUUCUUAUGUAGAAAUCCUGAAGAACGACAUAUCACCUUCGUACAACAACAACAGCACAAGUCAUGGUGAUGAUGGCUCUAGAUAUUCAAACAUUCCCCCAGGAGGCUUUGAUAACUCCAACAAGACUCAGAAUCAGACUUUCCCAGCACCUCCUGCAGUGCAGCACUAUCAGCAAAGUUAUUCAGCCAGUCAGGGUAGUGAUGAGGACUGGGACGACGACUGGGAUGACAGUUCAACAGUAGCCGAUGAACCCGGGGUCAUCAGCGCCGGUCCCCAUGAUUAUCAAGGUAACGGUCCUAAUACUUACAGAAUUUCUAUGUCUAGAGCCGGAAAUCCACAGCAAGCCAAGAGUUCGGCCACUAUGGGCAAGAAUCUGAACCGGUUCUCGACCUUCGUGAAGUCCGGGGGCGAGGCGUUCGUGCUGGGCGAGGCGGCCGGGUUCGUCAAGGACGGCGACAAGAUCUGCGUGGUGAUGGGUCACCAUGGGCCCGAGUGGCAGGAAAAUCCGUACCCGUUCGCCUGCACCAUCGACGACCCCACCAAGCAAACGAAAUUCAAAGGGAUGAAAAGCUACAUCUCGUACAAGCUGACCCCGAGUAACACUCAAACCCCGGUGAGCCGCAGAUACAAGCAUUUCGACUGGCUGUACGCCAGGUUGGUGGAGAAGUUUCCGGUCAUUUCGGUCCCCCACAUCCCGGAGAAGCAGGCCACCGGGCGCUUCGAGGACGACUUCAUUUCCAAGAGGCGGAAAGGUCUGAUCUGGUGGAUGAACCACAUGACCAGCCACCCGGUCCUCUCCAAGUGCGACGUGUUCCAGCACUUCCUCACCUGCUCCAGCACCGACGAGAAGUCCUGGAAGCUAGGUAAGAGGAAGGCGGAGAAGGACGAGAUGGUCGGGGCCAAUUUCUUCCUCGCCAUCAGCACCCCGGCGACCUCGCUCGACCUCCAAGAGGUCGAGAGCAAGACGGACGGAUUCAAAGCCUUCACCAAGAAGAUGGACGACAGCGUGAUACAGGUCAACGCCACUCUGAACGAGUUCGCGAGGAAGCAGAUCGCCGGGUUUAGGAAGGAAUAUCAGAAGGUCGGCUUGGCGUUUAAGUUUCUCAGCCAGGCUUUUGAGCUUGACCAACAGACGUACUCGGCCGGUCUGAACCAGGCUAUCGCGUAUACCGGUGAGGCCUACGAAGCCAUUGGGGACUACUUUGCAGAGCAGCCGAAACAAGAUGUGGACCCAGUGCUGGACCUCUUGGCUCUAUACCAAGGGCAUCUCGCUAACUAUCCAGACAUCAUCCACGUCCAGAAAGGUGCCCUGACCAAGGUGAAGGAGAGCCAGAGACAUGUGGAGGAGGGCAAGAUGGAGCGGCAGCAGGCGGACGGAAUCGAGGAGCGCUGCAACAUCAUCUCCUUCGCCACGCUGGCCGAGAUCCAGCACUUCCACAACAUCCGUGUGCGCGACUUCAAAGCCCAGAUGCAGCACUACCUGCGGGAGCAGAUCGGCUUCUUCCAGAAGGUCACGGGCAAGCUGGAGGAGGCGCUCAGAAAGUACGACGACGCCUAGGUCCGCCGCGUCCGCCCCGAGCGAGAUGCAAGGUGAACGGCAGCCGGCCCCCGGCUAUGGAGAUCUAUUCUCUACAUGUUACAGCUAUACAGGGCUAAAUUAAAUUAAAUAUGAAGUGAACGUUUAGAAGGGGGAUUGAUGUUAAGCCUCUCUAGGAGAGGUGCUUAUUUAGGGAAGGGGGGAGCUCUGUAAACUGAACUGAACUCAGCGGCGAACUGCGAAUGAUGCACAACCCUAACAAAGCAAAUUCUAAGUGCUAAUUCUACUAAUGCAACAUUACAGACUGUUUUCCUCACACACUGAUGCCUCAGAUUUUAUAGAUCGACUUUUAAUCGUGUCCUUACAUAUAGUGGAUCUGGUCUGCACAGUUUUCUUAUCUCAAUCCAGGCUUGGGACCUGCCCCGAGAGCGCACUGACAAGGAUCUCAGAGGGGCACUUUUCCCCUCGGUCUCGCCAGCUGAUAGCAGUGCUGAGAUUUAAACCCUGGAUCACCAGAGCUCAGCAGUACUAGGCUACUAGAGUACUCAGAGUUACCUCUGCGCCAAUUUACUGCCGACCUUCGAAAAAUCUCAUGCCUUUCAAGGUCAGAUGAUCUAAUACGAGACGUUUACAGAUAUUCGUGCCUUUACGCUCUUUCUUUUACAGAAUUCUAUACGCAUUAUAUAUUAUCCUUGUUUUUAAAGGUUUUAAUACAGAUGCUAAAGCAAGAAGAACUGAAUCAUUGACUUCACAUGUAAUCUGGAAGACUAGAAGAAAGAAGCAAACCAAGUAGUCGUUGAUAAUGAGACUGUGCAGGGAUUUAAAAAAUAUAUGUACAUAUAUAUUUAUAUAUACACUGAUCAGCCAUAACAUUAAAACCACCUUGUUUCUACACUCACUGUCCAUUUAGAAGCACUUUGUAGUUCUACAAUUACUGACUGUAGUCUAUCUGUUUCUCUACAUACCUUUUAGCCCGCUUUCACCCUGUUCUUUAAUGGUCAGGACCUAUUUAGGUGGUGGAUCAUUCUCAGCACUGCAGUGACACUGACAUGGUGGUGGUGUGUGUUGUGCUGGUAUUAGUGGAUCAGUGUCACUGUCCACUCUUAGACACUCCUACCUAGAUGGUCCACCUUGUAGCUGUUUGAGUCGAGUGGUCGAGUCCAGUGGUCACAGGACGCUGUUGGCUGGAUAUUUUUGGUUGGUGGACUAUUCUCAGUCCAUCAGUGACAGUGAGGUGUUUAAAAACUCCAUCAGUAUUGCUGUGUCUGAUUCACUCAUACCAGCACAACACACACUAACACACCACCACCAUGUCAUUGUCACAGCAGUGCCGAGAAUGAUCCACCACCUAAAUAAUACCUGCUCUGUUGUGGGUCCUGAAAUUUAAAGAAUUGAUAGGGGGCUAACAAAGCAUGCAGAGAAACAGAUGGAUUACUACAGUCAGUAAUUGUAGAACUAUAAAGUGCUUCUAUAUGGUAAGUGGAGCUGAUAAAAUGGACAGCGAGUGUAGAAACGAGGUGGUUUUAAUGUUAUGGCUGAUCGGUGUGUGUACAUAUAUAUAUAAAUAUAUUAUGAAUUUAAAAGCACAGCUCACUCAGGACUUGCUCAUGAUGGAUUUUGUUUUAUUUCGUCAAAGCUAAACAUCUGGAUUGCUCAGAAAUGUCACAAAACCCUUUUAUCAAAAUAAACCCUGCACAUGA